AUGCUGGGCGCGCACCGGCACGUGUUCCACCGUAUAACGGCGGAAAUUGACCAUGCUCUCCCAGCCUAUGUCCAGGCCGUGCGCGACGAGGAGUACGACGACCUCCACGGAUGCGUUCGGUCCAGUUGGGAAAAUGCUGACUGGUCCGACAUAACCUACCGCUUCGAAAGGUUCGCGUACUACUGCUUUGACCAUGGAUAUCUUGGGGACGUUUCCAACAUCGACACGUUGGCGAUGUGGGCUCGCAGGAUGUGGAUGCUGGCUGCGCAUGAUAUCGAUGGCGUUGACGCUUCCCUGUGGCAGGCGCUGGGCUCGCAGGAGGUCUUAGAUGAGCUGUCUCACAUCGUGAAAUCGCAAAAAAGGCUUACAAUGAAGUUCCGCAUCAGGUUGCUACGCUGUGUCUCGUAUGUACUCCACUCGAUUGUGCAUGUGCUGCCAUCAAUCUGGGAGGUAGAUAACCACAACUGCCGCGAUGAGAUGGAAAGACGAUUCAACUUCAUCACCAUCGAUGUCUUGCUGAAGUUGUUCGAGUAUUACAUCGCGGAGCAGCCAGUCUGCACAAGCAGCACCGUUAGGAAGUUCUGGAUUUCCGCGGUCGUUCGCAUUGCAGGUUGCAUGCGGCGUCUUUGGGUAUACCGCGACGAUGUUGGCAUUGACUUGGUGUAUAAAGUCAUCGGCGAUGUCGACAACCUGGACUUGCGUUCGAAAGAAAUAUUCUUCAAGUUCAGGCUGAUACUGUUGAUGUGCCCUAGUGUCACUUUGUACAGGUUCCUGAUGGACGGCACUUUGUUCAAGUGGUGGAAUUUGGUGCCUGAGGGCACCGUCAAUUCGUGGAACUCCAUGAUGCUCCUUUUAAUCGUGCGCGCCAUCAAGUUCGCCUGGGCCGCUGGGAAACCCUACCUGACCGACGACAUUACCACGAACUUGCCUUCCAUAUUCCACAUCUUCAGUUCGAGCCUCUCCAUUCCCAACUCGGGCAACGCAAACAGGAGCAGGGAGUCCAUCCCGGGCGAGUACACGGUGCUUUUGCUACACCCAUUGUACAGUAGCAAGCUUUUCGGGCAGCUGUUGGCGUACCUUGUGUGCUCCAUAAAUGAGCAGGGUGUUCCGGUGGUGCCUUUCGCAACGGAGAUUAUGGAUUACUUGUCCUCGGCCGUGAGUGUGAUGUACCCCUACACCCAUCCCUCAAAUGGCGGCAAGUGGUCGUCUAACAUUGCGAACUUUGUGAAGCACUUCGUCUUGACCUACACCGUUCGAGUGGGCCGUGAGCGUGGAUCGCCCCAAAUCACCGCUUCCACUGUUGGUACUGUAAACGGUGAUACCAGGUACCGUCUCACACGGGCCAACGACGUGGCCGUGGUGGACCUGUUUUACUCAAUGGCCCGACAGGGAAUCUAUUGCAAGAACCUUACCCUUGCACCGUAUUACGAGGACGCAAUAAAGCGGCUGUGCACUCUGCUGCCUGACAGGACGCUAAGUGAGCUUGUAGACCACCUGAUCAUGUCCACCGAGACUCUCACGGAGCCUCACCGGAUAUUGAGCUGCAUGCGAAUAUUCGGUCAGCUGAUGCCUACAAUACUGGCCUAUACUCCGAUCGCACUGCUGCCGAUUCUUGACGCGUGCGUUAAGGGCAUUGACGCAGCGGACCUGUUCAAGACGGGCCAAGCACUGACGCUGGUGAACAUCAUCUUCUCCCACAUGCCUUGUCGCGACCUGUCCGACAUCGAGCUCACCCAUCAGGCCAAGGUGGACCUGAUUCGGUCGGUAUACAUGCGCGUGUCAGCAGAGACAAGCGGCGACGUUGACAUGACCGGGCAGGGCACGCCCGUGCAAUGCACCGCCGUCGACCUGCACAACUCCGUUUUCGACGUUGCUAGCCCCUUGGUUGCCCCAAACAGUGAGGAUAACUUCUUUUCGCGAGAGUUUGUCGUGCUUCGAACCACCAAAAAUAUGGACGAGGCAGUAGCCGCCCUAGACCAUGUGCUUAGCCAGCGCAAGUGCAUAUCGCAGAAUCUCCCGGGGUGGUGCCAGGACUGGUUCGAAGCCGUGUUACGGCUGUCGGAGAACUCGUCACGACCUGAUGCCGACAGAGAAUCUAUGAUGAAUGCAGUUGAGAUGGGUACUUUUGUGCUGUUGCGCUCGGCGCUGGCCACCAUCUUAUCGCAAACUGACGCCCACACUUUCGGAUGCAUCUGCGAGACCUUUGUGCGAUGGGUCUGUGACAACGCCUUCCGCGAAAACGCGCUGAAGUACAUGGUCGCCAUAGCCACCGCCAUCAGCCACUCCAACAGCAAAAUGGCGAUGGAGAUGGUUUUCGACAAAUUAUUCGAGAGGUUCUCUCGCGAAGUAGAGAACUCAUACGCAGUGUUGAGUGAAGACCAAUUGGCGUGGUACAUUGGCUGUUUCUCUGGGUUGGUGCGUCGUGCCAACGUUGAGCUGCUGCCGCGGCUGCCCAAACUUAGGUACAUCCUGAAGGCAGGUCUUUCGCACGCCUCGAAAAAGGUUUUCAAAGGCGCCUCCAAGUUGUUACAACGCUGCGUCGAAAGUUUGGUCGGCGUGUACUUCACGGACGUCAAGUGCGCCAACAACUUCAAGGAUGAUUUAUGUCGCGGGUUGCUUCUGUGGGACGUUCCAUGGUUCGCACGUGAUGCCGAGUUUGUUAACGGAAGAUGUGACAUCACUGGCACACUUGGCGUGAAAUGGCACAUUGCAACAGCGCAGGAAAUGGACUGCGCCGUUGAUCUUUGCUGGUGUUUUGUUGAUCUGAUGAUGCGCCUGACGGAAGGCACCGUUGACAUGGCAGUCCCUACCAAGCCCAUCGGCGCCGUGCCAUUGGAGAUGGAUAUCGACCCUUCAUGCACCUUGUACGUCCGAAUGAACCGUGCCUGCAUGCUUGCCAAGAGAUUGCUGCGUAGCCUGAGCCAGUUCAGCGUUGAUGACCGCCCCGUUCGUGCCAAAGGGCUGCUAACGGUGACGCCCAUCGACCGCCCUGAGAUUACGGAAGUGCAGCAGUUCGUUUUGCAGUUUAUUUUGACCGUGCUGUCCAAGUUCGGUGGCAUAGAGUCGACUAAUGACCUAGUGGUCGCGAACAUCUACACCAAACUUCUGAAAACGGCAGGAGAGUACAUGUGCCGUUGCGUGCAACAAAACGACAGCAACUCCUUCGAAAACGUCUCCGUGGUAGCUUCAAUGAAGAAUGAAUGCUACAUAGGAACCACGGUGACGGCUGCUCGUGCGAUGCUCUCUUGGACGUCAUCAUACCACGGCUUCCACAAGGAGGGCCACUGGCAGGAUGCGCCUCGUGUUGCGUGGCUGUUGAUGGUGUACGAACGUUUCCAUUACCGUCUGAAUCUGCGUAAGCUCGAUCACGAGUGCGUGGGGCCUCGUAAGGAGCUCUUGAACAUGAUAUUGCAAUGCGCAACAUCCCAGUUCAAGGACCUGGCUCACCACGGCCGCAACAUGAUAAAGCCGUUAAUUAACCUCCACCGACGCGUGAGGUCGCACGUUGCCCACUUUGUGUUGAAUCAGGGCAUUGCGGUAUAUCCCACAUCGGCGGACGGCUCGGAUCGUGCAAUUAAAACCUUGACCAACAUCUCGGACAGUUUAAUCCUUUCACUUUUGAAGCAUAUUGGAUCGUCCGAUAUCGCGUUCGACAAGUUUUGCAGGUUCAUCUGCCCUGCGGUCAUGACGGUUCCGAACAAGGAUUCUUUGAUGGUGAAGUUCGACAACCGUUUGGUUGACGUGCUCAAAAACCGCGAAGUCAUGCCCCCUACUGAAACCACCGCCGGAACGAUGAACUUUAUUUUGGAUUCGCUCUUAGACUCCAAUUCGAAGCAAGUUGCUGCUGCCAGUCACUGGCGCUUCCAGCUGUAUGCGACGUCGCUUCUGGUCUGCUUCAACGACCUGAUCCCCGUUGAUAGCCGCGGUCGGUACAUUGCGUGGCUGAUGGAGGCGGUGGAUCGCACCGUGAAGCAGCCUUGCGUCGUCACUGUGGCGCUGCACGGCAUUUAUAGGCUCCUGGGCGACCCCGCCAAUCGUGGCAGCUUACCCGCGGAGUUGUUCGAGUAUAAGUUCGCGGAGACCCUGAUGAGGGCCAUUUGCGUGGCUAACCACGAGGACCUCACGGACGACAACACGGCCACCUUGGUGCGGGUGAACAAAAUUGUGACCAGCGUGAUCAAGCUGGACCGCACAUGGCCCCGUAACCGCAUGGCCGCCAAUUCGGGCUCGUUUUCGCUGCACAACUUUUACUUGAUGUACUGGUACUUCUCUGCGAUGCUGGACGCAGGUAAAGUGGACACCAUAGAGCAGUGCAAGGAGGUUUUGGCCGGGCUUGCGAGCUGUCCGCCAAUUAUGCGUGACGACCACUGUGCAUUUGCCGAAAUCACCGCCGCGUUGAUGAAGGCGUCACUUCGCGCUGAAAGGUCGGUGCGUGAAAGGAUUUGGGAGGUUUUGCAUCCGGUGAUCAAGAUAGAUCUGGAGACCAUCGUUCAGGAUCGUAUUGUGGACUUCAUGGACGGCUUGCGCCUCGCUCUAGAGGAUUACGACAUUUACGGCGAUGCGUGCAUACCCAUAAUCAACGUGGGAAUAAACUUCCGCGCCCCUCUGAAAAUGGACGCUUUGCAGGCGUGCGACCUGGCUUCUGACAACACCACGAGCCCGCGUAUCGUCAAGCAGCUCAAACUGUAUCGGGCACUGCUCCAGCAGCUGACAACGAAGCACCGAGGCAUAUUCGAAAUCCUCUGCGAUGCAAUAUUGAAGGAGGACGUCAUUUGCAACAGCCCGCUGCAGAUUGUAGAAGAGGUGGGAUACCUGUGCUCGUUCAUGGCGGGGCUGUGUCGCAUGUACGGCGAGUUGCACGAGUUCAAGCAGAGCGUGCACUCUCACAUAUCGCAGUUGGUCGCCAGGGUCGACGCCAACGGCUCCGCCGAGGGCACGGAUGACAUGCCCAUUAAGGGGUUGCUGUCGGUAAUUUCCAUGCUCUACUCAGCGUCCGUGCCUGUGCAGGACCUGAGCCACCCCUAUACCGGCCAGUUCUUGUCGUUUUGCUUGAAGCAUAGAAACCACUCCAACACUGUGGUCGGAGACUUCGCCACUCGCGCUGUGAGCCAGAUCGCGUUGUCGCCGUUCCACCACCAGAAGGACCUCUCCACUGUGGACGCCGUGGUAUCCAUCCUGGACAACGUUUGCAAGGCGCAGUCGUACAACACGAAGGAGUACGCCAUAAAUGUCGCCAAGAAGCUGCAGCGCAACAUGUGCAUGUACCUGCGGCGCACGAAUGCAGUGAAGGUGCUGCUGGAGAUGUACAUUUCGGCGCUGCAACACCGGCAAGCGCGCGAUGCCGCGCGUGACGCGCUGACGUACAUCGUGCUCUCGUCCGGCGACCAUCUCUACAUCGAGUUGACGGAGCGCUUCUACAGCCUAAUCAAGGAAAACCACGACGAAACGGCAAGUGCUGGCGUCUUCGGCCUGGCUGCGCUCAUUGGGACGGCGCCGUAUCACGUCCCCAAGUGGAUGCCGUACACGCUAACCAGAUUGGCCAGUUGCGGGGCUUCGCGUUUCCCAGACAUCGUGAGACGUGUCGUCCAGACGACACUGCAAGACUUCUUCAAGUCUCACAUGGACGCCUGGUAUCAGGUCCACGUCCACAAGUUCACCCCCGAACAGCUCGAUGUGCUAGAGAUGUACAAGGGCUGCCCGGCGUGCGCCAUAUUUACGGCGUCUAAUUGCGUUGACAGAAUCGCCGACCACGUGGAUUCCAUGGACAUCCGCCGCCCUCCGAAACCUAUUUUUACACCCAAUGACUUUCUAGCCGGUUACUCGAUUGUCUACAGGCUGUGCACGGCCAAAAACUCUCGGAAUGAGGAGCCGCUGUACCGCAGAGUGUCGCAGCUCUUCGUCGACUUCAUUAAUCGCAAGGUGGCUUUAAUCGUUGCGGAGAAGGAUGUGUCGCAGAUCCCCGUUUCUGCCGAAGCACCUGCUACCGUGGAGCAGAUAGUUGACACGUGGGCCCGUUUCCGGGUAUACGCUGAGGCCGUAGGCCGACUAUUCUCCUACUUGGACCGAUUCUACGUGAACUACUCGUCAAGCAGCCCAGUGAAGCUCAUCGCAUUGGAGGCGUUCCAGCGCAUCGUAUUUGAGAAACACAAAGAGAGGCUGAAACGCCGGCUGCUGGAAUUGCUUGAUACGCGCCGAUCGGAGACUGAUGUGGACGAGUUUGAGGUGGGCGCUCUCGCUCAGAUGUUCCACGAGCUGGACGGCAGCGGCGGGCUGCAGUACAAGAACGAGCUCGAGUCGGAGAUAAUCGCACGAGCCGCUCGUUAUUAUUCCACCAUGGGCCCGCUGUGGGUGCAAGAUUGCGAUUUAUUGGACUAUCUAAGCAUCGUUGAUCACUGCCUUGAGCAGGAACGUGCCGACUGCGCCCGCUGGCUGAGCGAAACUACACUUCGGCCGCUAACCGACACGGUGCUAAAGGCACUGAUACAAGACCGCCAGUCUGACAUAAUCCAGAAAGUGGGCGAGAUCGACUCCCUAAUCGACCAGGGCAGCGAGGCGGACCUCCAACUUAUGUACCGUAUUAUAACCCCCAUCCAAGGCGGCGUACCUGCAAUAGCAGAGUCUUUGAAUAGAUCGAUCCGGCGUUCUUUGUCGUCCACUGUAUCUUUUGACGAGGUGCUGUCAGGCUGGCUUCGAAAACGUGCAGAACUGCUGAAGAGCUGCUUCGUCAAAAACGACACUCCCACGGCAUCCGGAAGCGGGGAAAAUGCCGCAAGCAGUGCGACAACCGCAGAUCAGGAAAAUGCGUCGUCGUCACCAGCAGACCCAGCCGUCGACCCAGCGAUAUCCAAUGCAGUUCGCAGAGCUUUCGGCAAUGUCAUAGCCCAACUCACCGAUUUCACAAAAGACCUAGUUGACCACUGGGACAGCACCUUGGUGUCCGCUGAUCCUGGGUCGGUUACACGGUUGCGGAACUGUUGCGGGCUCCUGGAGGCCCUACACCACAGGGACGACUUUUACCAAUGCUACAAGUUCAAGUUGGCAGGGCGCCUCCUCUAUUGCCGAAGCUCUCUGAACAUGGAGAGGACCUCCAUCCACAUGCUGCAAGGCCUAGGGGCCUCUGAUGAAGUUGAGCGCCUCCGUCGUAUGAUCGAUGAGUCUUCCGAGGCACGCAAAUGCGGCACCCCUUUCAUGGUCAUAUCCAAAUUCAAUUGGCCGUGCUUGAGAGACUACUCGGAGGACGUGAAACUGCACAGCACCUUUGAGGACGGCUUCUCCAAACUGAAAGAAAUGCAGCGUGCUCACCUCCACCGCACGAUUUCUCACAACCGCAUGUUGGGCCGCGUGGAAUUAGAGCUGGAAUGCGGUGGCGCCACCAGGACGCUAAUUUGCGAUCUCGUCCAGGCAUCAGCAUUGAUGCUCUUCGAGGGGCCGUCACUGGCGCUUGACGACAUCGCAGCCAAGCUCGGCGUGAACCGCUCAUUCGCCCUCCAGAUUUUACAGCCGCUUUUUGACAAGGGAGUGCUGAGCCUUCAGGCCGGCGACGAAGUUGAGCUCAACUCCGCCUUCAACGACGGCUGCGAUGUGACCCUGGAUGCCGUGCCCAGCUACCGCGACUUGCGUUCCAAUAGCGCUUCCGCGGAAACUUCCGCAGGCUCUGCGCUGGACCCCGACGCGGCCAUCGACGCUUCCAUCGUCGCCCUCCUUAAGGCCAUGAAGAGCAUGAAACGCGACGAGCUGCUGUUGCAGUUGCCGCGAUUCAGCCGCGAGAACGUAUUGGCGAGGCUUCAAAGCCUGCGCGAGAGGGACUACAUCACCAUCUCUGACGACACCAUCGCCUACGCGCCUUAG